GCCGCUCGUGCACUCAACGUUACAUUCACAAGGAGAAUUGCAGCAACUCCAUUCUCAAAGAAACAGAGCGAGCUUUUGCUCCAUUAAAUCUUCAGGAGUAUCCGAUUGGAGAGACGCGAUUGGAACUGAGAUCGGAACACCGCUUGUAGGAGUGAAUUCGACCCCGAGAGGAAAAUAAAUCCGUGUUUGCAUUUGAACGGUACUAUUUGAAGACCGUGUACACACACAAGUACUGACUCGGAUCCACCUCGUAGACACCUUUUUUGGGCGACGCUCUUUCUGCGUUGCAAACCUGUCCUUACCUGCCUGGCUUCUGAUUGCUUGUUCAGCAGUACUCUCUCGUUUUCUCCCCCUGACCACUGAAACUGCAAUCUGUCUACGAGAGAGCGGAAUCCGUCGACGUCAUUUAAAGGGAUUAUCGUUGUUUCUAGCCAGCUAGCCAUAACUGUGUCACUCCGGCUCGCGUGUCUCUGAUCAGGCGUACAGCCGAAGAGUUGAUCAGUAGAUUCAUAUUGUUGGACCUACACACCAGGGAGACGCCAAUACCUCCCCGAAAGCACUCGACCACAGCCAGAUUUGGACGCGUACAAGUUUCCGUUGCUGUCAGGAAAAGGGAACCGAGCAAAAUGCCACUCGCACAACUAGCAGACCCCUGGCCUAAAAUGGAGCUGGUCCAGUUGGAGACCGAGAACGGCCAGAGCACAACUGAUGACGGCGUCACACCUGCAGUCAAGGACAGAGCUCACAUUACCUGGGUAGAGAAGGAUUUUGCCAAAGUAAAAAGCAAGGAUGAUGAUGUCAUCAAUGAGAUCAACAUCACGCACGUGUGUAAGGAGGGUGCGGAGAAAGCGGACGCCUCUCAGUUUGAGCUGCUCAAAGUCCUGGGACAGGGCUCCUUUGGGAAGGUGUUCCUGGUGCGUAAAGUCACUCCUCCUGACAACAACCAGCUCUACGCCAUGAAGGUGCUGCGGAAAGCCACCCUGAAAGUGAGAGACCGCGUCAGAACUAAAAUGGAGAGAAACAUCUUGGCAGAUGUCAAUCACCCAUUCGUCGUGAAGCUCCACUAUGCCUUUCAGACAGAGGGGAAGCUGUACCUCAUUCUGGAUUUCCUCAGAGGGGGGGACCUCUUCACCCGUCUGUCAAAGGAGGUGAUGUUCACUGAGGAGGAUGUUAAGUUUUACCUGGCAGAGCUGGCUCUGGGCCUGGACCAUUUACACGGCCUGGGUAUCAUCUACAGGGACCUCAAACCUGAAAACAUUCUACUGGAUGAGGAGGGACACAUCAAACUCACAGACUUUGGCCUGUGCAAGGAAGCCAUCGACCACGAGAAGAAAGCCUACUCCUUCUGUGGUACGGUGGAGUACAUGGCCCCGGAGGUGGUGAACCGACAGGGCCAUAUCCACAGCGCCGACUGGUGGUCCUUCGGGGUACUGAUGUUUGAGAUGCUCACCGGGUCUCUGCCGUUCCAAGGGAAGGACCGCAAGGAAACCAUGAACCUCAUCCUGAAGGCCAAACUGGGAAUGCCGCAGUUCCUGAGCUCGGAGGCCCAGAGUCUCCUGAGGGCCCUGUUUAAGAGGAACCCCGCUAACAGGCUUGGGUCUGGUGCUGACGGUGCAGAAGAGAUCAAGCGUCACUCCUUCUUCUCCACCAUAGACUGGAAUAAACUCUUCCGGAAGGAGAUAAAGCCCCCUUUCAAGCCGGCCGUGGCACGACCGGACGACACCUUCUACUUCGACUCGGAGUUCACCUCCCGCACCCCGAAAGACUCUCCGGGCGUUCCUCCCAGUGCAGGGGCUCAUCAGCUGUUCCGUGGAUUCAGCUUCGUUGCCACGGCGAUGCUGGAGGAGGAGGGGGUGGAAGAGGUGCCUCUGCCCACGGCACACCCGGUGGUGCAGCAGCUUCACGGGAAGAACAUCCUGUUCAGCGACGGCUACGUGGUGAAGGAGGACAUCGGCAUGGGCUCGUACUCCGUGUGCAAGCGCUGCGUGCACAAGAGCACCAACACCGAGUACGCCGUCAAGGUGAUUGACAAGACGAAGACGGACCCGACGGAAGAGAUCGAGAUCCUCCUGAGAUACGGUCAACACCCCAACAUCAUCACGCUGAAGGACGUGUACGACAGUGGGAAGCAGGUGUACCUGGUGACGGAGCUGAUGAGGGGCGGGGAGCUGCUGGACCGGAUUCUGAAGCAGAAGUUCUUCUCGGAGCGCGAGGCCAGCUCCGUCCUCUACACCAUCACCAAGACCGUGGAGUACCUGCACUCUCAGGGGGUGGUGCAUCGGGACCUGAAGCCCAGUAAUAUCCUGUAUGUGGAUGAGUCGGGGAAUGCCGAGUCUCUGCGGAUUUGCGAUUUCGGUUUCGCCAAGCAGCUGCGCGCCGAUAACGGGCUGCUCAUGACACCCUGCUACACCGCCAACUUCGUGGCCCCCGAGGUGCUGAAGAGACAGGGCUAUGACGAGGGCUGUGAUAUCUGGAGUCUGGGUGUCCUGCUGUACACCAUGCUGGCUGGAUUCACGCCAUUCGCCAACGGUCCCGAGGACACGCCCGACGACAUCCUGAGCCGCAUCGGGAGUGGCCGCUUCACGCUGAAGGGCGGGAACUGGGACGCCAUCUCGGACAGCGCCAAGGAGCUGGUGUCUAAGAUGCUGCACGUUGACCCACUCCAGCGACUGACCGCCAUGCAGGUGCUGAAGCACCCCUGGAUCACCCACCGCGACAAGCUUCCCAACAGCCAGCUCCAGCACCAGGACGCCAAGCUCGUCAAGGGGGCGAUGGCGGCCACAUACUCCGCGCUGAAGAGCUCGGUGCCCACGCCCCACCUGAAGCCCAUCGAGUCGUCCAUCCUGGCCCAGCGGAGGGUGAAGAAGCUGCCCUCCACCUCCCUGUAGGAUCCCCCAAAACCACGGGGCCACGGGCCAACCAGGAGACCUGCAUCAUGCGGGCCAGCGCUGCCAUUGGCUGUCUCCUCACACCGGAGCUCCGUGGGCAGCCAAUCACAGUGGGCCGGGAUCAAGACAAGACUUCGGGGGGAGGGAGGGAGGGGGGGGGGCUUUGGGCAGCCAUGAUUGCAGUACUUUUUCAACUUGAGGUGUGCGUGUGUGUGUGCGCUUGCGUGUGUGUGCGUGUGUAUGAGCACACGUGAGUGUGAGAGAGAGUGAGUGUAUGAGCGCGUGUGUGUGUGUGUGUACGGCUGUGUGUCUACGCGGGCUUGCGUACAUGCACACGCUGCGUGUGUGUGAGUGUGUUUUUGCGUGCACAUUGGUGCGCUGCUCGGAGUACUGCCCACAGAAAUAAUAGGAAUGAAAAAAAUAAAAUUUCGGAGUGUCCCGCUGGGCACUCUGAAGCCCAGGCGAGGGGUGCCGAGUUUGGCGUUGUUAAUAUCUGC